AGGCUGUUUCAAACAAUCUGAGACCUUGAAAUAUUUAAAUAAUAAAUAUUAUAUUUAAACCAGUAUGGGUAAAAAUAAAAAAGAGAAAAAAUCUAAAAAGAAAAGCAAAAAACAUAAGGAUCACAAAGAAAAGAAAAAACUUAAGAAACGAAUGAAAAAUAAUAUAGAGAAGGUUCGUACUAAUGUACAGGACAAUGCACCACCAUCUUCUGACGGCAAUUUUGCCAUUCCCAUUGAACUAAUGAAUAGUAAACAUCAAUGUCCAGAAACUCCAGAAGAAUAUAAAAAACGACAAAAUAUAAUUCGUCGCGUUGAAGAUCCAGUUACAGGUCGAACUCGUCUUAUUAAAGGUGAUGGUGAAAUUCUUGAAGAAAUUGUAAGCAAACACAAACAUAAUGAAAUAAACAAAAAUGCCACACGGCGGGACGGCCAAUAUUUUGAGAAAAAUACAACGGGGAACACAAAUAUAUGAGCAUCACUAUCUAUUGUUACUGGCAAAAUAAAACAAUACCCAUUUAUCCUAAAAAUAAUUUAUUUGAUAUUGUCACUAAUAU